GGUAUGGAGGAGUUCCACUGACUUGUAAGCUUCCAGAUGUUCAAAUAGAAUCGUUGACGACCCUUUGAUUUAAGCCUGGAGUUCAAAUAAGGAACAAUGUCCGAGCUGGGGGAGUUCCGCUGUCAGAACUGCAACAUGGUUUUCCGUUCGCCAGGCCUGCUGGAAAAACACAGGAAACAUUUUUGCAUCGGCAGCGAUAUCGGGGACCCCUUUCUCUUACACCGCAGAUACGCGGAAUCCCUGGAGAAGGACGAGAGAAACAGAUACUCCUGGAGAGGAAGGGAGCCCCUCAGGACACAGACCCCAGACUUCAUAAGGUUCCACAGGCUGAGGGUGUCCCUUGAGGAGAGCAUGCCCACUCUCCCCACCUGGGCUGAGAGGGCCGAGAGAGAUCAUGCGAACACAUGGGCCCAGCCUGGACCCAGCAUGAGCCCACGGAGGAACUGGGAACACAUGGAACGAGUACGAGAGGUGGCAGAGACACAUGGCCGACACCUAGCGGAUAUCCAGGCCCGGAACCAUGAGCUGGAGCUGCAGAGAGAAGAGAUUCAGCAAAGGCUGUCUGAGCUCUCAGCCAAGGACAGUGCUGCAGGCCACAUUGAGGGCAUGCUUCAGGAGCUGAGAGCCCAGGAGGAGAGGAAUGAGUGGGCACUGCACGAGCUGAGAGAGCAGAUCGAAGCACUGCACGGCCAGCAGGGGACUAAAGCAGCUCCUCCCCAGGCCGAAACCACCAACCCUAUAAUUCUACAAGGCAAGAAGGAACAGCACCAGCAUAUCUCUUUUGAUUUCAUUGCAUCUGGAGACGGCCCCCUGUCCACUCAGAUCAGGGCUCUAAGGCUGGCCUAUAUGCAGUCUGGUGGUGCUGAUCCUGCGAUUCUGGCCCAGAUGCAUGACCUGCAGGCAGAAGCACACACCCUGGAACGGGCCGGGCCCAAAGCGGAACACCGGCAAAAAAAGAGGAGAGGGGAAUUCCGCCCACAGGGGCUGGACUCGGAGCUGCUGGCUGUGGAGCGCGAGAACCAACGUCUGGAGGAGGAGAUCCUGAGACUGCAGCUGAACCGGGAGAGACGGGGGGAGGAGGAGGCGACUGGCGCAGCCCUCCUGGAGAUGCAGGGAGAGCACGUGCGCCAGGUGGCGGCUGUGCAGCGGGAGAUCGAGAGUCUCCGGAGAGACCUGGAGAGAGCCCCCCGCUGCGGAGGGCCGCCUCCCCCUCCCCCCCCGCCCCCUCUCCUCCUGCCUCCCACUCUGCGUGCCCCUGGGAGACUCGGGCACCCCCUUGCACCCCCGGUCACGGAAGCAGCGAGGCCUCAGACCCCCUUGAUAGGCACACAUGUCCUGGACCCCCUUGAAGCCCUGGGCCCAGCACCAUACGACCCUGAGGCGGGGUUUGUGAUCUUCUAUGACUUCAUCCUGGGCCUGGAGCCCACUCUGCGGAUGGCACGCCUGGUUGUGGGACUCUACUCUGGGGGCCAGAAAAUGGGCAGGCCGUCGCCCCUGCCAGUGGUGUACUGUGAAGCAGGAGGGGCAUUGCCUUAUGUCACUGGCGGGCACCAAGGAAACAUUGCCACCCUGUCUGUCAAGCAGCCUGUGCCCAGGGUGCACCCAUCCCCCUCUAUAAAUCUAGUGGUAGAGCUUCAAGCUGCGGGAGGCUUCAACGCCUAUGGGCAGGAGGUCCAUCGGCUUUUGUCGAGGGGCUGGGCCCGACUGGACCUGUUCGACCAGCACAACCGGGUCCUGAGCGGCUUCUGGAAGGUUCCAUUCCGAGCUCUGCCGCUAGGUGGGGCGGAACUGUACCUGAGAGUGGUCAAUGCCCGAGACGGAGAUGUGCAGGCCCUGGCCAGAAUUGACCCUGGUUAUGCCAGCCAGUACAAGUACCCUUCUCUGGUGGCUAUCCGCCCAGUGGCCCAUGUGGAGAGCCCGCCCACUGUCCUCACUUCCUUUCAUCCUUCGGCCAAUCACUACCUUUCCCUCCCUCCUCCCACAGAUCAUGUGGACCCUCCUCCCCCCAUGGAGGGGUCCAGUCAGAGUGUGGCAGAGACGCCAGCAGGUCCCGGACCCUCAGGUGGGGUGGGCUUCAUCGUGGACAGAGUGAAAGGGGCUCCUCUGGGGUUCGGCAGCCUGCGACUGACAGGGUAUAGCCAGAGAACCGGCAAGGUGAUUGUAUGCAGGAGCAGAGGUAUACUGUGUUUCACCUCCACUGUCAGCUCUUCCAUCAAACAUGGGGACUUCAUCUUCGGAGAACAGGAGAUUCUCUUCUCCAGCCUGCGGCCUGAGGCGGACAUGGUUCUGUUUGUGCGUUUCUACCACUGGCCCAGUGGGAGCUCCCUGACAGGAGAGGCCCCCAGGGGCCCGAAGAAGGAGGAAGAAGGGGUGUCAGGGAGCCUGGCUGAGCGAGAGGAGUGCAUUGUGGCCUGGGGAGUCCUGAGGCUUACCCGCCCUGCAGCCCGGCCGCAGAAGAGUCCAGGAAGAGGGAAAGAGGUCUGGAACACUGGCACUCACUCGGUACCCCUCUUCCAUGUGCCAGCACCCCCGGCCCUCGCCCUCAACGCACUGCCCGCAGAACGCCUUGUAGAGCCCUUUGAGCCCUAUGGUGAUACGUCAGUUCGCCUGCACAUCUACAGCGGAGACCGACCUCAGUCUCCCUUCCCCCCCGAGUCCCCCAUCCACCUCUUUGCCCCCCAGGACUGGCCUCAGGUGGCUUACAUCAACUGCAAGAGAGAGCUUCCUCCCGCGCGGCCCUUCCUUUCUGGGGAUGGGCUGGACCUGUACCUCGACGGGGCUCGCUUCCUGCCCGACGGCGUGACCAUCAGUAGAGUGACCGGCCGCAUCUUCGACCGCCACUACAACCAAGUGGGGCCUGAGAUCUCCACUGGGAUUGACCUAGACAGUAACAUCUUUGAACCGGUAUACGGUGAACGGGUAGAAAUUCGCAGCCCCAGCCUGCCCCCCUCGGCCACUCUCUUACUGAAGGUCUAUACUGUUGACCGGUUCACCCUGAAGUUGGUACUGAUCGGCUGGGCUGCUCUGGGUCUCUUUGUGGAGUCCGGCAGUGAGACUCAGCCUAACCUGGAUACUGCAGGACUGCAGAUCUCAUUAAAUGAAGGGGGACAUCAGCUCAGACUGUACCACAAUGGCCCUGACCCCGACAAGCCCCUGUCCACCAGCGCACUGAGUACGCAGGGCAGGUAUGUGCCCUGUGCGACUCUGCUGGUGCGUCUGGUGAGAGCCCCCGUGGACAAUAAUGGACAAACCCUGAUGCGCAGUACUGUGCCCGAGGCAGACUGGGAGAGACUGGGGCUGUUCCUGCCCCGGCCAGGGUACUCCGAUGGGGGGUAUUAUUCCCAUUCUGCCAAACCAAGCCAGGGAGAGGCCUGCCUGCUCUCAGCCAUGAGCAACAGAUCUGUUGUCCUGGUCCGAGAGAUUGUCUUCCUCAUUGCUGGGAGUCAGGGAGCAGAACUUAAGUCUGAUACAGAGAUCCAUGGUUGGAUCAGACAGAAACUGAGCCGCAUGAUAGACAGCAAACCCUUGCCUUUUAACCUGAGCUUGGUGUCACGGUAUCUCAGCUCCUUUGGGGUGAAGGUGUCACUGGACAGGGGGCUGAACCUGCCCUGGUCAGCCUUCACACUAGCGCUCUGCUCCUUCACCCCCCCAGGCGCAUUUUACCGUGGAGCAUCGUGGGUAAAAUACGAUAAACCUGCUGUUUUCCAGGAGCUGGACUUUAACAGUGGCCAGAGUGCCCCCCAGUGGCUUGAUGGGUUUAAGUGUUUCCCCAGAAGGAGGCACCACCCACAAUUGACAGUGAUUAUCCACCUGCACGAGGUGUCUGUGAAAGUCCAGAGUGAGACCCUCACCUACAGUCUGGGAGGCCAAGCCUGGGCAGCCCUGCCUGUCUUUACCCAGGGGUACUGCAACACUGACCGCUAUCAGAUACCACUCUACCAAGGCGCCCCAUCACAGGAUGUGCUCAAAGCACUGGCUCAGGGAGACUGCCACAGCAUCCUUGAAGACCUGAGACAAAAGAAUCAGGUGCAGCUGCUGAGGGGGGCUUCCGUGUUUGUGCGGAUCGCAGAUGGAAGGAGAGACGAGGAGCUGGCGCUCUGCGGCGACAAGGACACUAACUUAUCCCAGCUGCCCUCUGCUCAGAGAGACUUCUAUAGUCCCCAGCCCAGCAAAGCACCCCUCUCCCAGCUGAUUCCUCCUGCGUACCUGUGGGAUCAGUUCUCCCAUCAGCUGUCUGCCCGAUUCAAACAGCUAAUUUACCAGUCCCUGGAAACUGGAUCUAAAGAAACUGGUCCACUGCGGCUUCAUCUCGGGCAGGAAGAGAGCAGCGAUUAAGCCAGCUCCAUGGACAAACCCUGAUCCUACAUCAGCCCUUCUACCUCCCAGGAACCCGUUUCCAUUAAUAUGAUAAAGGACCAAGAAACUGCAAAAUCAAGUUAUUUUUGAUCCAACUAAGUGGAUUAAAUAAAGGACUAGUGUCCAAUAUUAAGUAUUACCACAUCUGCAUAUUAAACCCAUUCACAAAUACCUUGAACAUUUUGUAAUGACCAGUUACAAUAAAAAGUAGUUUU